AUUUCAGAUGCACACAUCCGUCAAAAACGCCAUGUGCCAAACGAGGAUUCAAACGCCAGUGAAAACUUCACCAGAAAAGAAAUUCAAAUGGCCUGUACAAUUCAUUGUCCGAAAGGAAUCAGGGGACGCCGAGGCAGGCCUGGUACUCCAGGCAAGCAUGGUCCGCCAGGUCCCAUUGGACCACAGGGGCCUAAAGGUUCUCAGGGAGAUCAGGGGCCCCCUGGACCUAGGGGCGAUCAGGGCCCUCAAGGACCCAAGGGCCAUCCUGGUGAAUCCAUCUCAGCACCUUCUAUUGUGACAUCCCCAGUUUCCACGGUGGUAAACGAAACUGAUGUAGCUUCACUGCAGUGUGAGGUUAGAGGAAAUCCUGUUCCUCAAAUUACAUGGCUUAAAGAAAAUACCAGCCUUCCAGCCGACAAACGAAUUGUACAGUCUCGUGGAGGUUUAAUUGUUAAGGAUGUGACGUCACAAGAUGGUGGAGUGUACACGUGCGUGGCAAGCAACAUUCUUGGAUUAAUAAAAAAAAUGGCCACGUUAACUGUCCAAGGUAACAUGCUCCUCGUUUGUUACUUAUUGGAAAAUUCAUGGAUUAGAAGCUAUUAAUAAGAAAUCAAAUUCCAUUACAUGAUAUACUUUCACCUUAAAAGUAGGCUUAUUAACAGUAAACGAUGUCUGUUAAAUUCCCCAUGAACAAUCAUAAAUAUCCCACUGUCCAUAAGCUAGUAAUGAUGAUGAUGAUUUUGAUGAUUAGUCUCGUCAAAAAUGCCUGUUUUUAGCGAAUAGGGCGGUAAUUGGGUUAUUAAUACAACUUCGACCAUAGUGUCCUAUAUACCUAAUUGUAUAAGGGGAAUUCUACGCAAGGCGAUUUGCAACGAUGAUUUUUAAGGCAACAAUGUUGGAACAAUUCGAAGAAAUUUCCUCGCAAUGUUGCAAAGCUGUAUUGCAAUGAAAAUUGUCGUUGUGAAUCGUCCCCUGUAACAUUGCUCAGGAGAAAAUAAUGCGACCGAAACUGUUAUCGGUAGAUUUUAGGUUUGACUCCAGUCUAAUCAAAGGAACUCGGAGACGUUUUACCAGAAUCCUCUCUUUUUACUUGCAACUUUUUAAAUUUUCUUGGCUUAUCAUAUUUUUUUAUUACUUUACAGUUGCUGCCUUAAUCACUCAAAAACCCUCGUCUAUUGUUGCUGAAGUAGGGGAAAACGUGAGGUUGCAGUGUAAAGCUACAGGUCUUCCAAUACCAACGAUUACGUGGCGGAGAGCGUUUGGUUCGUUGCCAAAAGGGAAGACUGCAGUGACCGAUGGGAACAUGACAAUUCGUAACAUAGCUAAAACUGACAAGGGUGAUUACGUAUGUUCAGCAAAGAAUUUACUCGGACAGGACUUCGUUGUUGCUCAGUUAAUAGUGAUUGACAGGCUCACAUUUACCCUUAUUCCUCCCUGGAAAGUUACUGUAAAGCAGUCACGCAACUUAUUGUUAAACUGUGCCGCUCAAGGUAACACUGAGAUCACGUGGAAGAGAACUGGAAAAGGCUUACCUCAGAGUCACGUGAUUUAUUCAAAUGGAACUUUGCUCCUCAGGAGCGUGGUUACAAACGAUGCCGGAACAUAUUCUUGCGUGGCCAAGAACGCACUUCGUUCGGUUGAGACGACUUCUGUUGUUGAAGUGUACAACAAACCUUUCUCCUGUAGCAGUAUAAAAUCAGGCCACAGUGGAAGCUCUUCAGGUAAUUAUAUUAUUGACCCUGAUGGCAAAGGAGGCGUGGCUCCGUUCAGUGUGUAUUGUGAUAUGAGUGACAAGGCAGGAGUUGGCGUGACAGUCAUCAGCCACAACAGUGAGAGUAGAACUCAUGUGAAUAGCGUCAGUCCUGGAUGUUAUACUCCAGGUUGUUACACUAAAUAUGUGACUUACACUGGAGUUAGCACCGCUCAGUUGGCAGCACUCACUCGAGUCUCACAAAACUGUGAACAGUUUAUCAAGUUUGAAUGCAAUGGUGACGUCCUUUUCAUUGAGGAUUCAUAUGCCUGGUGGGUGUCACGUAACGGAACACGUAUAAACUACUGGGGCGGAGCUACCGGAUAUAACAACACGUGCGCAUGCGGAGUAACAAACUCUUGCUCCAAUGGUCAAAAGUGUAAUUGUUACAACAGUGGCGGCGGCUGGAGAGAGGACAGCGGUCUACUGACUGACAAGUCUACUCUUCCUGUGACUCAGAUCAAACUGGGAGACUUGAAUAAUUCACAUGAGGAAGGUUAUCACACAUUAGGCAAACUCAAAUGUUAUGGACAAGCAUGA